AUGGCCCGGACGCCAAAUCGACGGAAGGCGAAGACAAAAGCGGGGCCCAAGCCGAAGCUCGCAGGAGCAGCGGCCGGGGCAGGGCAGGGCAGGAGUCGCGCAAAGCCGUCGAGCGUACGAGUGGACCAACGCAUCCGGCAGAACGCGAUAAACGACGCGGAGCUACGCGCCAAUGCGCAGACGAUCCUCUCUGCGAUCCACGAGUCUCGGCCAAGGAAUACGACCUCGGCGUACGCACCGAAGCAAGAGGAAUUCGAGCAAUUCUGCCGCCACAAACAGUACUGUGACGGCGCUACGGUCACAGAGGAGAAGCUCCUCCUCUUCCUCGUCGAGGAGGUGGCCGGUCGGCCCUUGAAGGUCAGGAGCCGCAAGGCCGCCACUGAUACUCCGCAGGACGAGACCCGCCUGGCCUGGCGGUCGGUCCGAACUUAUGUCACCGCAAUCACGGAUCUUUACCGGACGCAGAAGGCCCUCGGAAUGAAUACGCACCCGUCGCCGCGCGAGGACAACGUACGAGAGUACCUCAAGUCCCUACAGCGCCGGGACGCCCAACGAGACAGGGAGAACUAUGCCGAUAAAGGCCGCGAUACUCUGCUCGAUGGUUACUCGGAGUCCGAGUUCGAACGAGUAUGCCACGAGCUGUGGGCCCACAGCGGCACAUCGCCCGAGUGUCAUUUUCGGACCCUCGUGGAUCUCCUCUUUGGCCAUUAUCUUCUCACCCGUGGCGGCGAUCGUCGGGCUGCAGAGAUCUCAGACCUAUUCACCUUUGAGUUUGCCGGGGAGGGCUCGACCCGGUGCAUGCCGCUCAUCUUUACGACACGAGCCGGCAAGCAGAACCAGCACGGCCGCCUCGAGACCGCCGGCGCGUAUCGGAAUAGGAACCCGCUAAUCUGCAUCUUGGGUGGCCUCUCGUUCUACCUCUUGUAUCGUUGGGAUCUCGGUAGUGAGCCGUUUCCCGAUUUCAGCAGGCGGUCCUCGUGGUACGACAUCCGGCUAAUCAAGGGUAACGGCACCGGCCGGACGGCGGCUUUCUCGUACAACUCACAGCGCGAGUGGGUUGUCAAGGCCUUCGCCUACGCCGGCGUCACGUCGCAGAAGAAGACGCAUGUCGGCCGCAGCUCGGGGGCGAGGACGGCUGAACUAAAGGGGAUUAGCGAAGACCAGAUCCGUCGCGCGGGUCGUUGGAACCAGGAGCAGAUGGUCGGCUGUUACCUGAACUCGUUGCCUCGCAAGUUCAUGCGUACGAUGGCCGGGCACCCGCCGCAGGCCGGAUGCUUCGAGAUACGCCGUGCCGGCGUGACGCCGCCGGAGGUCCUGCUCUCGAUGAUCUGGCCCGAGCUGGACAGUUGGCGAGGCCGGUUCGGUCCCGGUACCGAGCAGGAGAACGACCUGGCAGCGAUGGCCCCGUUUGGAACCACCCGGUCUUCCGGCAUCCGGCCUACGCCCCGUUCGCGCACCAGCUAUCGGACUUCGUCCUUGAAGAGGAGCGUCCAAGCCAGCUUGCAGUCCUAG